AAGCCCUGGGAUUGGCCUAAAGAAGGGUUGUGUUGCCCCACCGGCUGGGCUUUGGCAUCCUGUCCAACUGCUGUCACAUCCAGACAUAAAAGUAGCCUCGACGUAGUGCUGGGGCAGUGUGCUGGGCUUAGCGAGGAAGCAGCAGCCACCAUGCAGGUGCCAACCAAACUCUACCCCAAGAACUGCCUGCUGACCGUCAUGGACCGCUACUCGGCCACGGUGCGCAACAUGGAGCAGAUGGUGAUGAUCCCCAGCCUCCUGCGGGACGUGCCGUUGAACGGGCAGGGGCAGCAGGCUCAGGAGGGGGCCCCUGAUCUCUAUAAAUACUUCACCAUGCUCAAGGCCAUCCGCGUGGAUGUGGACCACGGGCUGCUGCCCCGACAGGAGUGGUGGUCCAAGGUGGCAGGUGGCAGAGCCCAUGAGUCCGAUCAUGAAGCUGCAGAGACAGAGGACGAGGAGGAGAGGGUCUUGGGGAAGCUGGACCUGGAAGCUCAGUUCCACCUGCACUUUUCCAGCCUUCAUCACAUCCUCACCAAUCUUACCCUGAAAGCUGAGGAGGUGACAAGGAAAUACCAGGAGAUAAUGGGACAGGCCAUGUAGGCCUUGGACUCUAGGGAAGAUCCCAAGUGACAGAAGGCAGACUGUGUGGUGAGGACACGAACACUAGCUCUGAGGCAGAUGGGAAUGGUCUGGACCUGCAGCUGGAAACAUAGGCACCUCGGUGUCCUGCGAUGCUUUCCUGCCUCCCUCAGAGAGCCAGUUUGUGGACUUGGCACCAGGUCACCUUUAGAAUGCUUGCUGCUAUUCACAAGUCCCCUCACUCCUCUCUCCAGCAGGGGUGGUUGCCAGUGGUUCAUGAGGAGCUCGGCAUUACCUGCCAGUGUGUUACCGUAGACCACAAGUUUUCACAGCUGACCAAGUUAAGUUCACAUCCUUUCUCUGAGCGGUCAUUCACAUGAUCCUGGAUGUUAUGUAACCCACUGGAGCCUAAAUUCCUUAUCUCUAAAAUGUGAUAGUAUCACUGAUCUCACGAGAUUGUCAUGAAAAUUUAAAAAGAUGAAUCAAAAGCCCCUGGCAUGUAAGUGCUAUUAUCAAAGGUUGAUUUUUUUUUCCUCCCCCCUCACCUUGUAUUUACUCUAGCUCUUACUUUUUAUCCUCCAGGACUAAGGGAGAGCAAAGUCCCUUAGGAUGAAUGGUUCACACUCUUGUACCUGCCAAGCAUGAAUGAACAAUACUUUUUAUUUGUUGAAGUAGCAAUUAAAAAAAACUUGCAAACAUCUUUGCUUCUAAAGUAAUUUUUCAGACAUGAUUUCAUUUUUAACAGGGGAGACCCAAGAGAAUAGACAUGGGACUCAUCUGAUUUUGCCCAGAAACCAUAUGCUUAUGUUCAUUCUAAUCUGAAAUCAUGUAGAGAAAUAAUCUUACUGAUCUCCCAAAACUAAUCUGAUCAUAAAAUCUGAGCUUGGAAACUUUUUGGACAAAUACGUGAAUUCAAGAAGUCAUUAAGAAUAAGUUUAUUGCAGGUAGAUGGGGAUUUUCCUUUUAAUGACACCAAGCGUGGCUAUAGCCCAUGUUAGCAGCUGAGCCCACUUUCACCAGGGUGAUCCAUCUACAAGCAAAGACCCCUCUGCCAUUACAGUCUUCUGUCCUCCCAGUCCUGAGCCUCUUCCUUUUAAACUACCCUCUAUACUGAUUACUGCAGAGAGCUCAGAAAUACAAACCUGACCAUGUCAUUCCACUAAAACCGUUUUAGUGACUUCCCAUCAUCUAUAGGA